UCGGACUGAACAUUUUUUUUACAGUCAGAAGUUUGAGCUGUAAAAAUAUCAACUCGCUUUAACGUUGUCUGAUAGCUUAACUAACUUUGUCAACAUCGUUUUGCAAAUAUUUCAACAGCAGUAUUCAAGAAAACGUGUUGAUAACAGUAGUUUAUCUUUUCUAUACGUCUUGGAAGGCAAACUACCUGAAAAGCCACAAAUAGGAUUAAGGCAAUCCGACCGUGAUAGUUAGCUAGCUCGUUAGCAUCUUUGAAGGCGUCGCUUUUCUUUCUCUCUCUGUCCUCGUUAUCACAUUGUCUGUUUGUACCCGAUAUCAGGUUUAAGGAACUUUUCCACCAAUAAUCUAUUUUGUUAACAAACCGUAUUGCACGUUUCGCCGUUUUUUUUGUUGCAAAGGUCGGGUACAGUAGUGACAGUGAGUAGCCCAGCUAAGCUACUGUAGUUAUCAUGGAGAACCAUUGGAGUAAUCUUCAGUCCAGUGGACGAGACAAACAGCGAAAGAAGGGAUUCACCACAGGACAAGGUGGAUCGUCUGGAGGCGAGGAUGGAGAACGUAAACCAAAGUUUCAUUUACAGGUUAAAAACAUGAAGGAUGAUAUGAUGGACAGGUUCGCCAGUAUCCGUAUCCCAGGCAGUAAGAAAGAGCGUCCUCACCUCCCUCACGUCAAACACUCCUCCUCGUCUGAAUGGUCUUCCACCUCCGCUGAGUUUGAGGACCUGUCUUCCAAGAUCACCUCAGAACAGGAGAUACUGGGCCUCUUCGAGAAGAUGAUGGAGGAUAUGAACCUGAAUGAUGACAAGAAGGCUCCUCUGAGAGAGAAAGAUCUGACCACCAAGAGGGAGAUGGUUAUCCAGUACAUUGUUACUGCCUCCAAAACAGGCAGUGUGUGUAGCAGUCAUCAGAUUUCCCCUCAGGAGUUCCUGGGGGAGUUAAAGUCAGGGGUGACUGACGAACGCCUCAUGGCCUGUCUGGACUCUCUCCGUGUCUCCCUCACCAGCAACCCUGUCAGCUGGGUGCAGAGUUUUGGCCACGAGGGUCUGGGACUGCUGCUAGACAUUCUGGAGAAGCUGCUUCACAAUAAACACCAGGAUAAACCUGACAAGAAGAGCCAGCAUAAAGUCAUCCAGUGCCUCAAGGCCUUCAUGAACAACAAGUAUGGGUUGGAGCGUAUCCUGUCAGAGGAGAAGUGUCUGUCCCUGUUGGCCCGAGCUAUCGACCCCACCCAGCCCGCCAUGAUGACGGACGUGGUCAAGCUGCUGUCAGCCAUCUGCAUUGUGGGCGAGGAGAACACUUUAGAGAAGGUCCUUGAAGCCGUCACCACGGCGGGAGAACACAGGGCCACGGAGAGGUUCAGUCCAAUCGUAGAAGGACUCAGAGAUCGCUCCGUCCAAUUACAAGUGGCCUGCAUGCAGCUCAUCAAUGCUCUGGUGACGUCUCCAGACGAGCUGGACUUCAGGCUUCACAUCAGGAAUGAGUUUAUACGCUCUGGCCUCAGAGAGAUUUUACCGCAUCUGACAACGAUCAGGAACGAUGCCCUGGACAUUCAGCUCAAGGUGUUUGAGGAGCACAAGGAAGAGGAUCUGAUGGAGCUCAGUCACCGGCUGGAGGACAUCAAGAGUGAACUGGAUGAUGUGGGAGAUGUGUUCAACGUGGUUCAGAGUAUGGUGAAGGACACCGGAGCCGAGGUCUACUUCCUCUCCAUCCUACAACACCUAAUGCUCAUCCGGAACGACUACUUUGUCCGGCCCCAGUAUUUUAAGAUCAUAGAGGAGUGUUUAUCUCAGAUCGUUCUCCAUCACAGUGGGACCGACCCAGACUUCAGCUACCGAAAACGCCUUGACGUGGACUUCAGUGUCCUCCUGGACGUGUGUGUGGACAAGGCUCAGGUAGAAGAGUGUGAGCUGAGAGCUGCUGACUUGGCUCUGAAGUUUGACGAGGAGUACUUGGGUCGACAGGAGGCUCAGGCUCAGCUGCUGAAGAGUGAAGAGAAGAUCAAUGAAUUGCAGGCAGAGCUACUUGCCUUCAAGUCCCAGUUUGGAGCGGUCCCAGUGGCCCUCUCCUCCGCCCGUCCUUCCCAGGCUGGCUUCCCCUCCUCCUCCUUUCCUUCCCUCCCUCCGCCUCCUUCUGGUCCGGGAGGUCCCAUGCCUCCUCCCCCUCCUCCUCCCCCACUCCCAGGCUGCGGCCCACCUCCCCCACCAGGAGUGCCUCCCCCGUUCGGUUGUCCCCCUCCCCCUCCUCCUCCCCCGGGGUUCUGUGGGCUGGGCUCGCCUACCCACAACACCUUGCCUUUCGGACUCCGGCCCAAGAAGGAGUUCAAGCUUGAGACUUCCAUGAAGCGCCUCAACUGGUCCAAGAUCCGCCCCCAGGAGAUGUCCGAGAGCUGUUUCUGGGUGGUGGCUAACGAGGAUCGCUAUGACAACCCUGACCUGCUCAACAGACUGGCGCACACCUUUGGCUCAUACAGACCAGGUCAGGCUAACUACUGUUGUUAUCGUUUCUGUCUGUCUCUAUCUCUAUCACUAGGUGGAGGAUAA